AUGGCAGCUCAAAGCUCUUCUUCCAGUAAAUCACAAGUUUCCAAGAACGUUUCUCAUGACCAUUUCUUCGUAUGGAGGGAAUUUGUAUGGGGAGCUGUUGCGGGUGCUUUUGGGGAAGGAAUGAUGCAUCCUGUAGAUACCAUCAAAACACGAAUACAAAGUCAAGCUAUUCUAAAUGGUGUUGAGAACCAGAAAGGCAUAUUGCAGAUGGUGCGGUCUGUCUGGAAGGUUGAUGGAUUAAAAGGCUUUUAUAGGGGUGUACUACCUGGUGUUACUGGGUCUCUUGCGACUGGUGCAACAUAUUUUGGUGUCAUAGAGUCAACUAAAAAGUGGAUUGAGGAUUCACAUCCUAGCCUUGAGGGCCAUUGGGCACAUUUCAUUGCUGGAGCUGUUGGAGAUACACUUGGUUCUGUAGUGUAUGUUCCAUGCGAAGUGAUAAAGCAGCGCAUGCAAGUUCAAGGCACAAUUACAUCCUGGACUUCUACUGCAAUUAAGAAUGGCAUUGAAAUAAAACCUGGUGCAGAAAUAUAUGACUAUUAUAAAGGGAUGUUCCAUGCAGGCUGCUCAAUAUGGAGAACACAGGGCUUAAAGGGUUUAUAUGCAGGAUAUUUGUCUACACUGGCAAGGGAUGUACCAUUUGCUGGUCUGAUGGUUGUAUUCUAUGAAGCUUUGAAAGAUGCUGCAGAGUAUGGGAAGCAAAGAUGGAUAUCUAACCCAAAUUGGCAUGUUAAUAAUUCUUUUGAAGGACUGGUUUUAGGAGGAUUAGCUGGUGGUCUCAGUGCAUAUCUCACCACUCCUUUGGAUGUCGUCAAAACUAGGCUGCAAGUUCAGGGUUCAACUUUGAGGUAUAAGGGUUGGUUGGAUGCUAUCUACACUAUAUGGGCUAAGGAAGGCUUGGAGGGGAUGUUUAGGGGAAGCAUUCCCAGAAUUGCAUGGUACAUUCCGGCUUCAGCGCUUACAUUCAUGGCUGUGGAAUUUCUCAGAGAACAUUUUAAUGAAGGAGUGCCCAAUGGUAAUUUGAGAGUAAAAAAGAAGAAAUCUUUGCAGGAAGCUACUUAA